GGAGGGGAAGGGACAGGUAGUCUAGUCGCACCUUUCCAGACGGAGCAGACGACUGCUCUAGAACCCAUUCACUUGCCAGGCCGACCACUCACGGACAAACGUACAUUUAUACAUACUGCAGUGGAGACAGCGUGGACAGUGAGCAUUUAGAGGAAAUACCACAGCUACCUUUGCAUCAUGGGAGUGACCUCAUCUACUAGCAAAAAAGGUAUGAGGGAGGUGGUGCCAGCCUGGGUGUACACAGUGGUGGUCCCACCCGAGUACGCUUCUGACCACGUCUCGGCCUGUGCGGAAGGGAUGACUGUCGUCGGCCCCAACAGCGUCCAGAGGGUCAACCAAAGUUCUCUGGAGACUGACGCCUUCCGGUGGAGUCGAGGGUUUACAUCAGGUAAACACACUUUCGAGAUUCACUUUCCGAAAGAGCUGCGUGGUCAGUGCGCCUCGGUGGGCGUGGGGCUGGACUCCGCGGCGUUGCAUUCCAAGGGGCGCGUGGCGCUGGUAGGAAACAACAAGUCCUCCUGGGGACUCGACCUGUGCGCCCGCCGCACCUUCCACGCUGGCGCGAUGGUGAAGAAGUAUCCCCAGACACAGGAAUUCCUCCCAGACAAGUUCUACAUGUACGUGGACGCAGAUGCACUCCAGGUGCAGUUCGGAUCCGACGGCCAAUACUAUGGUACCGCCAUCAACGGCCUGCCACCGGGCAAACCGCUGUACCCCAUGGUGUCCGCAUCCUACCCUGGAGCCGUCAUCACGAUGUAUUACAGGGGCCAAGCCAACGUCGUCAUCGUGACACCUGUUCCCCAGCAACCAGUUGUGAUGGCGGUCCCUGUCUUCGUCCCACAACCACAACCACUUCCACCACCUUACACGGCGGGUGGUCCAGCGGUCUCUGCCCAACCCCCACCAGCCUCCGAAGCGCCCCCUAUAGAGAAAAAAGAACAAGCAAUAUGAAGUUGCAAGCAUGCGCAGAAACUGCAUCCGGGUGUCUGCAGAGGGAUCGAUCAAAAUCAUUUUACAUAUUUACGCUAAAUAUUUGGUUUAAAAAGGACAUCAUGGUUCUAGGAUUUAUUAUAAAAACGCACACACACACAUGCACACACACACACAAGUGCACACACACACACACAUGCACGUGCACAUAGUUGAAAAUUAAGAGUUGAGAAAGGGGCAGCAACUUAUGAAAACGGAUUCUGAGUUGUGGGUGAGGGUUGGAUGAGGAAGAAAAGUGGGAAGACAAAGAACAGGGAGGGAGGGAGGGAGGGAGGGAGGGAGGGAUGGUGGCUGACAGCACAAAUAACUUGUGAUUAUGCUGUCAUCAGGGACAUCACCAACUGUUAAUUGUCGGAUCACAUGGCAGUGUACACUUCACACGUACAAACUUUAAAGUUUAAACUAUUGCUGUCGCUGUUGUGCUUGAGUUCCACCGUGCAGACUGCAAACUAGUAAUACACUUAUCAUCUACAAAAUAAGUCUCUAAAUGACUGACAUCUCCAGAAGCUCAAAGUGAAUAUUUGUUACUGACCGGCCCAUAGAUACGUCACACGUGGCUGGUCAGGUGCAGCAGCAGCAACAACAACACAUUUAAACCCGUAGUGACUAACUUGAGACAAAAGUAUGUUGGACAAAAAUGUGCCUCGUGCACUGUGUGAUAUUGACUGUACUCAUAUGGCGAUCAUCAUGAUAGUGAUAUCACUUCUCAGUAUUAACCACAUUUGUUAUUUGUUUUGCCAAAGUAUUGAUAUAUAUUUUUAAAGAAACCUGAUAUUUUUUC